AUGGCCGCGGACGACUCGUACACGGCAGCUGACGAGCGCGCCCGUGCCCGGAGGGCGGGCAUCCAGGCGAAGAAGGACGAACAGCCGGCGAACACGACGCGGAGUUACGCGGCGAAGCAGCGGGAGUGGAAGGCCUGGUGCCAUACGCCUCGGGCUGCAGCAGACGGCUCGCUCUAUAGCUGGCCCGACGGCGAGCUCGUAACGCCGGACAAGCUGGCGGCGUGGCUCAAAGAGGAUAUCCUGUUACGACGCGUUGUGCCGCCGCAGAAGAAGAAGCCGCGCGCGCGGGCCGCCGAGCUGCUCGCUGACGACCGCGAGGGCUACGUGCCACCCACAGGCCUCGCGACGGCUGCAGUAGACCUUACCGAAGGGUCUUUGCUUACGAGGGGCACUAUCGACGCCUAUAUCGCGGCCGUUAUCGAGCUAUGGAGGCUCCAGGUGGCUCACGGCAACGCGAAUACGGAGAAUCCCGGGCGCCGCCGCCGGCUACCUCCCGAUGAAUGGCUUCGGAUCCAGGAUCUCCUUCUCACUGGCGCCGCGUAUACGCCGCAAAACCUCCGUACGCGAGUCGACCUCCUCUUCGGCCACUACUACCUCUUACGGGGGGAGAACCGGCGCAAGAUGGAGCUUGCAGACCUAUCCCUACUCGACUAUCCGCCUUCGGAGGGCCCGACCCCCUGUGGUUGCCUGGUAAGCCUUUUACGGGACGGCAAGCUAAAUAAGACGGCGAGGAAGGAGUUUAUGGGCGCGCUCCGGCACAAGGACCCUUAUUCUGUACGCAAGGGCCCUAGCACAGCUCUUCUUUGGCGCUGGCACGUCGCCGGCGAACCGCCCCGUCCUUCCGGCGCCGUCAGGACUGGUAUCGGAUCAAGGUCCUCGUCGGGCGGGACCGCGAGCAGGAGCUCGUACCCGACGCAGCUACAAGAGACCUGGCGUAUCUUCGGCGCUGCCGGCCUUAUCGCGUCGAAGAAGACGCACCUCCCGCGCAGGGUGGGCGCCCAGGACGCGGAGACCCAUGGCACGUCGCUCGCCCAGAUCUCGCAGGCCGGCCGCUGGAACCAGAGCGUGCUCUGCCAGGCAUAUCUUACGCACCUACCGCGGCAGUUCAUGCGUAUCGUCGCCGGCUUCUCGGCCUCCCGGGGACUACUCGCGCGUGCGGCUCACGAACCCCCGUACGUCUUACAAAAGCAGCUGUGGCCGUGGAUCGAGGAGUGGGAACCCCGCUUUGAGGCGCGGGCGCGCCGGCAAUGCUGGGCAGAAGGCGGUCUCGACGACGACGACCUAGCCGCUGACGGCUUCCUUAAGCUUAUGCGGCGCCUGCGUAUAGUACUUCUGCAGGACCUGGCCGUCCUACAGCUCCGCUACCCGUCGCUACCGUUCUUCGCCUACGCCCUUUGGCGGGCCCGAGUGGGACGAGUUCGCCGUCGCCGUGCGGUCCACCGCGGUAGGGGCUAUGGAGCCGAGAGCACGCGGGAGGCCCUGUUACAGAAUAGUCAGCGGCUCGCCAUCCGGCUUGAGGCCCGGCUGGACGGGAUUCAGGGCGGCCUCGAUGCCCUCCUCCAAGGCAAGGUCCCUAUCACCUUUACCGGCUACUUCGGAGCCGGAGUGCAGUUCUGUCGCCGGAAGGUGAUCUGGGACGAGCUGUUGGCCCGUAUGGCGUCCGGCAAAUGCAAGGAGGCGGCCGUUGCAGAGCUAGAGCUGUUACGCGCCGGCCGAAGCUUGAACCGACUCGUCGACGAGCUCAAACAGCGCCGACGGCGGGGCCAGGAUCGGGGCCAGGGCCAGGGCCAGAUACGGGUCCAACUCGAGGUCAGGGCCGUCGGGGCGGAGGACCCGGAUGGGAAAGCGGACCGCCCUCGUCGACGUAAGCCAGCCGCCUCGUAG